GCCAGCUUCUACAAUGCGACAACUACACGGCACAGGACAUUGAAUGAUUUUUGGAUAUUCAAGAUGUCACUCGACAGAAUCAAGCAUAUUGUCCUUAUCCUCUCGGGCAAAGGUGGCGUCGGAAAAUCCUCCACCACAACCCAACUCGCCCUCUCCCUCUCCCUGGCUGGAAAAUCCGUCGGAGUCCUCGAUAUCGACCUCACUGGCCCUUCAAUACCACGUCUCUUUGGCAUAGAAUCCGCAAAAGUGACCCAGGCGCCCGGCGGGUGGGUUCCCGUCCCCGUCCACGCUGCCGACCCCGCUACAAAUACUGGGGCUUUGUCAUGUAUGAGUUUAGGAUUCCUGCUGAGGGAGAGAGGCGAUGCAGUGGUUUGGAGGGGCCCAAAGAAGACCGCUAUGGUGAGGCAGUUUCUGAGUGAUGUCUACUGGGGGGACCUGGAUUAUUUGCUUAUUGACACCCCGCCUGGGACGUCGGACGAGCAUAUCUCGCUCGCGGAGACGCUUCUGAAGACUGCCCUUCCUGGGCAAGUCGCGGGCGCCGUGGUCGUCACUACGCCGCAAGCGGUUGCUACUGCAGAUGUCAGAAAGGAGCUCAACUUUUGUGCGAAGACGGGGAUAAAUGUCAUUGGGGUGGUCGAGAAUAUGAGUGGAUUUGUAUGCCCAAAUUGCUCAGAGUGCACCAACGUUUUCAGUAAAGGCGGAGGCGAGGUCAUGGCACAGGAGUUUGGGGUUAAGUUCCUUGGUAGCGUCCCGAUUGAUCCGCAGUUUGUGAUGUUGGUGGAGACAGGCAGACGACCGGUAUAUCCGGUGGGCACGGAGGUGAAUGGCCUUGACAUUGGGGGCCAGACGCAUGGAAACCCGGCGGCCGAUGUGAAGGAUCCGGAGCAGUUGGUGCGAAAGUACCAGAGUUGUUCGUUGUGUCCACUCUUUGGGGAUAUUACCAAGGCCGUCACGGAGGUGGUAGAAGGCCGGGUAUAGACUGCCUGGCCUGAGAAAAGACCUGGUGCAUAGCGAAGGCGUUUAGGGAAUCAUUGGGCAUUUUCAUGGCAGGCUGGUGGCCAGCUACAUAUUGGUUCAUAGUAGAGUGAUGAUGGAUUCUAUCGAGCUUCAAAUCUAUACCCAGUUCGUC